UGCAACAAGGGAUAUUUGGCUGGCUUUUCCUCCCUAAACGGGCCCAAUGACCUUCUUGCCUCCUACUGACCACUCCCUAAGGGCUGGCUUCCCUCUGCUCACAAACAACCCAGCCCAGGAGGUGGCCUGAAUUCCUGCCGUCACCACUGGUGCUGCUCCACACAGCAGGAGGAGAGGUCUCCUGGAAGGCUGUUCAGGUGCAGACCCCAGCCAUGCUGGCCCUGCUGUGUGGCUGCCUGCUUCUGGCAGCAGGUUCCAUGCACACCCUGAGCAGCUUGGUCCUGGCGGAGCCCAGCCCCGACCUGAUGAAACAGAUCGGAGACAUGUAUGCCAAGGUGACAGACAUCUGGCAGGAGCUGACGCAGCGGCGGGAGGCGGCUAGCCAACCAAAUGCAGCGCUCCACGCAGUGUGUCGCGUGCAGCCGUCCGCCACGCUGGACGCCAAGCAACCCCGGGUGACUGGCCUCGUCCUCUUCCGGCAGUCUGCACCUGAGGCCAGGCUGGAGGCCUUCUUCGACCUAGAGGGCUUUCCAGAGGAGUCCAACAACUCCAAACGCGCCAUCCACGUGCAUCAGUUCGGCGACCUGACUCAGGGCUGUGACUCCACCGGGCCCCACUACAACCCGCUGUCCGUGCUGCACCCGCACCACCCUGGCGACUUUGGCAACUUCGUUGUGCGCGACGGCCGCGUCUGGAAACACCAGGCCAGCCUCCCCGCCUCGCUGGCCGGCCCGCACUCGAUCCUGGGCCGCUCCGUGGUGGUCCAUGCCGGCGAGGAUGACCUUGGCCGCGGCAACAACCCGGCCAGCGUGCAGAACGGCAACGCGGGGCCCAGGCUCGCCUGCUGCGUGGUGGGUACCACCGGCGCCGAGCCCUGGACGCGCCAGGCGCGGGAGCACAUGGAACGCAAGAAGAGGCGGCGCGACAGCGAGUGCAAGACAGCCACUGCCUGAGCGUCCUGGGGCGCCCCCGUGCAUCAGAGACCACCCACCGCCUCCCCGGGACACCCCACACACUCCCAUGCGCCCUUGCAGGACGCUCAUCCCCCUGGACACCCCACCAUGCCAGGAUCUCCCUGUGUGCCCCAAGAGUCCCGUAUCUCCCCAAGGGCUCCAUUCCCAAAACACCCCCAUGCACCGAGAGCCCUCUCACCAGGACACUCUAUGUACCGCUGUGCGCCCCGAGAGCCCCUCCUGCCAGGACACCUCCCACCAGAAUCCUCUCUGUCUUAACAACCACGUGUGCCCUGAGACUCCUUUGUACUCCGGUGCCUUUCCACCCCAGUAUACCCUAAGGAUCCUCCUCACCAGGACACCCUUGUGUACUCUGAAAGCCCUACCUCCAGGCUGGAGGAGAUGCCCUCUAUACGGUUCCACAUAUCCAGGGCCCCUGUGUGUGCAGAGAAAAUGCUGUGUGCCCCUUGACCUGUCUGCCUUGGAGCCCCUCUACCUUUGCACCCACACGCAUCUUUCAGCCUGAGGUCUCCUCGUGGGCCAAGAUGCUUCCCUCUGAGGGCCACCGAUGAGCUCCAAACUCUCAGGCCCCCUCCCCAGGUGUGUGGAAAUACAGCAUCCACCUUGGGUCUCUCCUGCUGAGAUCCCUUUCCUCCCUGAGCCCCAGACCCCACAGCCCCCUCCUGUGACCCCUGAGAUCAUUUUCAAUCUUGAGAAAGAAAGAAAGACCUGCUCCCUUAGACUCCUCCCUGGCGUGGGAGGUUGCCCAGGGACCCUCUCGUGUUCACACCACUAGUGGUGCGGCCAGAAGUUACCAUCCCCCACGCGCCUUCUGCUGUUUUGCCCGCACCCCCUGGGGAGAGCUGCUCUUCAGGGCUGUCUCUGACAAGCUCUGUUGCAUAGUAAAAAUUCGGCAGUUCA